UCCACCUACUACUACCUUUCACCCACCUCAACUUGCUCAAAUUCCUUCCAUUCCACUGUUCAUCCAAAAUUCUUCUCUGUCUUUUUCUACUGAAUUGUUUUAUGCUUUGUCUUGAGUUCACUUCAAGUUGUUCUGUUCAUACCUUUAAGAAUCACCCAACUUUCUUACAACACUUAAAACAGAGUUUUUUUUUCUUAUUUUAGUUAACUAAUUAGCUUCUUCAUAAUCAAAUCAAAAUACUCUCUAUUUUUUUUUUGUGUUAGCACCCGGUUCACCCUUAGGGCUAAUCCGGAUUCGGGGCGAGUUCUGGGUGGUUAGGUUCCAAUCCCCUCCCAAUUGUUAUUGCGGACGAGUUCUCCCUACCAAGUUCAGCCCCAAUUAUCACCACUGAACCAACAGGCAAUUGGUAUCAAAAUACUCUCUAUAAAAAGCUUAACUUUUCUUUCACAAGUCUUUCCUUUUAUAGUUUAUCUGAUUGAGAAAAUGUUACAUGAUCCAAAUCCAUAAACAUCAACCCAACUUUUUUUUAACCCUUUCUUCAUCAUGGAUCAAUUCGAAUCAUCAUCAGGAAAGCUAGAAAUCUUCAUCCACCAUGCUAGAAACAUACACAACAUAUGCAUCUAUGAUAACCAAGAUGUUUACUCAAAAUUCUCACUUACCUACAACCCGGAUGAAAUGGUUUCGACCCGGGUUGUUUUAGGAGGAGGUAAGAACCCGGAAUUCGAGGAGAAGUUAGAGUUGUCUGUUAAGCAAAUCGAUUCAGUCCUCAAAUGUGAGAUUUGGAUGUUGAGUAGGGUAAGAAACCUGUUGGAAGAUCAACUUUUAGGGUUCUCUUUGGUACCGAUUCCUUUGAUUAUUAACCAAGGUGGGAAAAUAAGUUGUCAGAAUUUCAGUCUUUCUUCAACCGAUCUCUUUCAUUCCCCUGCUGGAACUGUUCAGUUAAGUCUUUCAUUAUCAGAGAAUUUCUCCUCUGUUUUUUCAUCUGCGAAUAACCUUAAUUCGUCUAUUUCUUCUGAAGUGGUUCUACUUGACCCGAAUGAUGAUUAUUCUAGUGUUCAGUUUCCUGAUAUAAGUGCAGUGAAAGAAGAUCAGGUUAUGGUUGCUGAGUAUUUCAAUUCGAAUACCCGUUCUUUUGGGUCGUUUUUACAUCUCGGGUCGGAUUUAAAAGCCGGGUUUGAUUACGAAAUGGCCGGAAAUUCUUCGGAAGAGAACGAUCACGAACACGAACAAGAACACGAGAAUCGGGAUUCCGGGAUUUUGAGCUCUACAACAAGUAUAAGUGAUGAUCAACCUGAAACAGGGGAGAAACAGAGUGAGGUAGAUGGUGAGACUAGAAAUGGGGGGAAAAUCAAUGAAAUAGAUGAUUGUACGGGUGAAAGUUCGGGUUAUGGGAACCCGGGCCGGGUUUUUUCGGGUCAGGGAGAGGUGGAGCAGUCAGCAAUGCAGCAGCAGAUUGUGGAUAUGUAUAUGAAGAGUAUGCAGCAAUUUACAGAGUCUUUGGCAAAUAUGAAGCUGCCCAUGGAUCUUGAUCCGGGCCCCGGUACGGGUACGGGUACGGGUAAUGAAGGUCCAGGGAAUGUGAUCCGGGUUAUGGAAAGGGGAAAUGAUUUGGAUGUUGAAAACAAGAAGAAAGAUGGUUCAAGAGUGUUUUAUGGUAGCCGGGCUUUUUUUUGAAAAUGGCAAAAAGAUCUUCGAAGAAAUUAUUAGAUGGUUCUAGAUAACGUGAAAAACGGUUGAAAUUGUACUCGGAUCUAGUGAAAGUCAAAGAUAUUUGAUGGUUCGAGACGUGGAUUUCAACUAACUUACUCGGUAAAGUGUUGAGAGGUAACCUGGUACCAAAGAUCUGGAUCGAAUCACGUCUACAUCAUUUGACUCUUCUUCGAACCGAAAAGAAUCCAGUGAAAGAUAGAGAAUUCAUGUGUUAUGUUGAGUUAGUGACAUGGUUAGUGAGUACUUGUGCCAAGGAGGAGGUAAGUUUUGAUUGAACUUGAAACAAUGUACGUAAUCUAGAUAUAUCAGCCUAGAUUUUACUUGUGUAUUCGGUCUCUGUCGUGAGUCGUGAGACUUGCUACCUUUCUAAAUUUCAAUCAAGUUAUUGUAUUUAAAUGUUAUGGUUAAGGCGUGAAAUGUAAAAUUGCUUACAUGUAACACAUUUAAAACGUUUUCUACAUACACCCGAAACAAGUAGUUGUUACAAAAAAAACCUUUUCCCUUCUAGAAAUUUAACUAAUUUAACGGUUUAAUGAGCAUUGAUUUCAAA